CGGUGUUCAGUUCGCGCGCCGAGCGUGUCGCGCCCGGUCGACGUCUCCUCUCGUCGUCGGCCGCCUCAGCGAGUCUCGACGAACAGCUCCAUCGGCUCUGAAUUGUCAUCGUCGCUGUCAUUUACCGAAUCGCAAGCGUUCCGACGACGGCGUCUUCCUCCCGAGACUAGCCGCGGGAAACGACUUUCCGAGAGUUUCGCGCCCGCGACGACGACCCGAUCGGUGACGAUUUUGCCACGUGCAGCGUCUGAAAAGUUCGCUCCAUCCGCGGGAACUGUUCUCUCUCACCGGAAGCUUUUUCAAUUAAAUCAUCAUUAUCGCGUGGCCCGAGAGCUACCAUCACGCAUCGACGAAGAUAUCGCGCCUCCGGCCGUAGGAACUUACUCGAUAGAAAAAUACACGUGGUAGCGUCAGUUAGACUCAAUUCGUGUCGCCGACAACUGAGAGUUGGAAAUUUCAUUUUGAAAUCGCGACUCCAUCGAUCCAGCGGCGAAUCAGCAUGUCGCGUAAAUCAAUAGCGGUGGAGGAACACUGAGAAUCGGUAAAAUUAAAAUUUCAUUUCAUAAAAGUUCUCUUCCUAAAAAUGUUAUGUUUUCUAGGAAGUAACGGAUUCGUGUAACUUGUUCGCAAAAAUUGUUCGCAAUAAAAAAAAUGGAUCGCAGUUUCGACGCGUUCUUGCGGAAUAUCGAUGGUACCAAAGUGACGACAAAGAGCUCGAGUGAUCCGUUUUCUCGGCAAGAAUGAUGCAUGAAGGAUUUCGUCUCGAUUUGAUCUUCCGUUUCCAUCGCAAUAUUCGCGACUCGAGACAAACGUUCCUCGAGCCUCGGAUUCUCGAUCAGGAGGGAGAUGGAAGAGACGGAAGAAGAGGAGCAACAACGACGACGACGAAAACGGCGACGAAGACAGCGACGUCGACGACGACGACGACGAUGAUGAUGAGAACGAUGACGGGGACGAUGACGGACCGUAUGACACCUUAAAGCCAGAGAAAGGGAAAUUCGAAUAAUGGCAGCCUCUCGCGUGGAUUCUGAAGUUGGCGAAUACCGGCGAGUGAUGUCUGCGACAGCUGCGGAAUUAUCGAGAUCCCCGAACGAGGCUCGCGAAGUCGUCCAAUCAUGGACCGAUCAUAAUCACCGCAUCGAUUACGCCGACGAGCCUCUCAGCCGGUCAAGGAUCAGCGAUCGCGAUCAUCCGUCGAAGUACUCGAAUAACGGCCACGACUCCGUGAGCCAUGGUGUGCAAGAAGACGAAGAGCGAUCGCAGCAGGAGGAAGAGCCGUUCCCCGAGAAGGAAGUUCGCAUCGUCGGCAGGACGUGGGACAUGAACGGGGAUGCAAGUUGCGAUAAGGCGAACGGCCAACUCGACGGCGAUAUCGUCAGCGAACGUAAGAUAAUUGCGCGCAAAGGAGGCGACGACGGUCUCGGUGACUCGGAAGGUAAGCUCGGAGCUACCCGCCGCUCGUCCUCGGCGAACGUCGAGAUCGAAGGCGGACGACAGCUGCUUAAUGACCGCAAUCGCGCGAGAAAAAGCACCCCCGGCGGGAGCGAAGAGCGUGUCGAGCCGGAGAAACACGCUAUUCGCGGAAUAAAAAUCGCGGCAUCGCCGACGGACAAAUGCAUAAACAAGGCAUUCGUCGAAUCGGCACGCUCCUCCCAUGAUGCCGAUAAAACGAUCGGCUCGAGCGAACGCGAGCAUAGUCGGAAUAUCGAAAGCCAUAAAGAUGGCUGCGACGAGGACAAGGCAAGACUGCCGAUGGAAAUCAGUUCUCGGCGAGGUUCUCGCGCGUAUCCUCACGGGGACGAUGUCGUCGUACCCUCCGUCGCAGCGCCGGCGAGCGCAGGCUCGCCUCGAGCUGGUGAUCUUCGCUGCGAAGCAACGGCUCGUAAGGUCGUUCACUCCGCCGAAGACAGCAAGCGCGCGCGAUCGCCCGGAAAAAUGCGACGAUUCGCGCCCGCAAGCACCGCCGCCGUCGUGGAUCACGAGUCAGGGGAGGUUCGCGGCACGACGGGCGUCGUCGUCGUCGGCGGCGAGGAGAAGCGGCGAGAUAACGCGAAGAAAUGCGACAACUGCGGGGAAUCGCACUUGCCCUACAGCCGAUACUCCUAUCUGUGGAAGUAUUCGGACUAUGUGAACCACGACGCGAGCGCAGUCCUCGACGAGGGCCAACGCGACGUAGCCGCCAAGAUCGCCGCCGAUCGGAGAAUCGAUCCCAGGCUGGCGGAGAAGACAACCAGCGGCGCGGUGGUGCUUUAUCGCAGCCGGUCGUUGCCGCGAUUGUCGGUCCACGACAGCGGAGUCGCUUGCAGCGACCACGCACCACCACCGGGACAAGCCGGGAACGCCGCGUCCCGCCAGCUGGUUGCGGAACUCAGGCAGUUACUCACGUUGAAGCAACACUACUACCCGGAGGGUGGCUGGGGCUGGGUGGUCCUCCUCGUGGGUUUGCUCGUGCAAAUCUUGUCGCACGGCACACACGGGGCCGUCGGGGUCUUCCUUCAGCAGGUGGCGGCCAAGUUCGGCCCCCACGUGCACAUGCAGGCAGGAUGGCUGGGGGCAAUGUCGACGGGUGUCGCGUUGCUGGUGUCGCCGGUGACGAUAGCGUUCUGCCGGAGAAAAAGCACCAGAGUCACGGCGGUCUUGGGCGGCCUUGUCACCGCGCUCGGCUGCCUCUUCACUUCGUUCGCCUCGCAAUUUCAUCAAUUGUUCUUCAGCUACGGCACCGUAGUCGGGAUAGGGGUUGGAAUGACGAGAGACUGCAGCACGCUGAUGGUGGCUCAAUAUUUCAAGAGGAAGAGGGAGCUCGUUGAGAUCUUCAUCGUGUCGGGCAGCGGCUUGGGCAUAGCGGUUAUGUCUGCUUUUAUAAAGGGCGCGAUCAGCAAAAUCGGAUGGCGGCUCGGUCUUCAGGCUGUCACCGGGGUGGUUUUCCUCACCUUCAUCCUUGGCACCUUCUACCGCAGCGCCUCGUUGUAUCACCCGCAGCGACGGGCAAUUCUGCACCUGAAGAAUCAGAAGCGCAAGAUAAAGGACAAAAACAAGGCCGAUGACAGGCCGCCGUUUUUCGACUUCAGCACUCUGAAGAGCAAAACAGUGAGGAUAUUACUGGUGUCUACCGGGAUCUCGGCGUUCGGGAUCAACACGCCGAUAUUUUAUCUGGCGCAUCAGGCCGAGGAGGAGGGUCUCGGCGACACGGUCGUCCUGUUGCAGGCUUAUCUCGGACUGGCUUGGACUCUCGGCUGCGUGGCUUUCGGGCUUCUGGUCGUUCAUCGUAACGUCGAAUGCAGGAUAGCCCGUCAAUAUCUCACGCAGGCGGCUGUCUUCGUCUGCGGACUUUGCAUCCUCGCUCUCACCGCGGUCCAGGGAAAUUAUCACGGAUACGUGAUGUUCGCGUGGAUUUACGGCAUCUUCUGCGGCGGCUAUCAUUAUAGCCUGAAAAUGUACACGUACGAGAGAGUGAGGGCCCGGAACUUCGCCAGAACGUGGGGAUUCGUCCAGUGUUCCCAAGCGAUACCAAUCGCAAUCGGCGUACCGAUAUCGGGAUACAUAAAUGUGGGUUGCGGCGGCAAGGCCGGCUACUACUUCAGCUCGACGUGUGUCUUGGUUGGCAGCUUCACUCUCUUCUUCAUCGAUUUGCACCGAAGAAAUUUGUCCAAGCAUAAACACACCAGAGCGAACGGCACGAAGCACCUGUGUGCCUCGGACAGCUGUCCUAAACGACGACGUGCGUCGUUCAGUCAGGAGCCUGAGAACGAAGGGCCCCACCUAGCCGCCGCUGGAGCGGCUGGAGCGACGGCAGCGGCGCUUGUUCUGGGUGCCGACAUCGCUCCAGCACAAGGUGAAGCAAUGGACGUCCUAGGGGCCGACAAGCCAGAGCUUACGUGCAUCUCGGAGGAGGGUAUCGCCGACAUGGAUCUACCCGACAAUCUGUUCGAGGAUCUCGAGUACGUGGGCGACUGUAUAACUUCGUGUAACAAGGUCGAAAACUACCUCAUGCUCUCGGAAUUCGAGAACAACCUGAUUGCCGAGAUACCGAUGAUUAUGGAUCGCCGCGGACGCAGAUGGUCCUUGGCACGAUCCAAAACCGGUCAACCGCUUGCCAACUGCGGCCAGACGAGCGGCGCGCAAUCGACAAACGACGAGGAAGAGGUGAAGUCGAAGUGGCGUUUUACGAACACCGCCGCGCCGUCGAACACAAACAACCGAAUGAUCACUGUCAUCGACGAGGCGAGCGCGUAAUCUCGAACACGGACGAGGCGGUGUCGUUAACCCUAAACUUGACAAGAUAAUUCAGGAGAAGCAAAUCUCAAAUGAUACAAUGACAGGUGUGAGAGAAACAAAGACGAAAUUUCUCAAUAAGAACAAAGAAGAAAAGUGUGUAACUAUUAACGAAUAUUUUUAACGAAAUUUUUCUCGAGAAUACACUGUUUAUAUAAAGCGAAAAAUAUACUAAUGCUUAAAGAUAAUAAAAUGGAAAGAAAUAUAUAAACGUGUAAUUCAUAUACAGAUCUUAAAAAUUUAUAAACAUAUUUUAAUAGCGAGAAGAAAUUCAAUGUCUAAGUGAUGAAGAGCAAAAUUGUAUCUUGUAACCGUUAGUGCAAAUUGCCAAGUGUAGGGUUAAAGAAAGUCCGCGAGGCUCGUUUUCUCAUCUAUUACAGAGAACGCACGCAGUGUGCUAAAUUUAUUUGUUUGCAUUAGCAGUCGACGAAAUAUGAAUCACCGCGCGUGAUUCGCGUGAGAUUUUCCAGAAUCAAAGUUCUUCAAUCCGAGCAGUUUUAAUUUUGGAAGAGAGGGGAAUUACGAAAGAUACGUAUGAAAAAAACCAAACCACAAAAUACGAAAGAUUGACUGAAUUAUUCCGGCUACAAAAAAUACGAUUUACCGAUAUUUAGUUGCAAAUUAUUAUUUAUCCCCUUUCUGUCGGCUGAAGUACUCGCAGAAGUUACGUGACUCAUAGUCGGCGGAUAUACAGUGACACGAUACCCUGGACACGGCGUAAAGCAGUUCCUUGAGAACGUAAUCACUCGAGUGAGGCGCGAUCUCUCGGCUCGCGCGAUGCAAUUAAGGACAAUAAUGUCGGCUUUCGACGAGAGGAACCACGGAAACGCUCCGUCCACAUAAAAACAACCUCGACUCGCGACGGCGUAUUGCUUUGUGUAAGCUUCCUGCUAAUUCACUGUCCGAAUUAUAAAAAGUAUAGCUCGUCGUUAUUAUAUAUAGUUAACUCGCAGGCGGCAUGGCGAUUUAUGUCUUGAGAUACUUGAGAAAGUAAACUUCAGGGAUGAAACUUCGCUGGUUACGUGAACGUGAGACGGCAAGCUCAGGCUCUCUUGGUACAAAUGUUGCGAUUUACGCGAAGAUUAUUGCGCGUCUGAUAAAGUAGUGAUUGAAGAUACGAUCGUGGCGGAAAUAACAUCGAUAGCUGAUUAAAAUUCAGUGGAAGACAAAAAGAGUAUGUCAAGGCACACGUUUUGUUAAGAACCUCUCAUCCUCAUCGAUUUUCAUGAAUGUUCCAAGUGUCGAUGUAGGUUUUGCUACGAUUGGAUAAGAACUGGCAGUUGAAGAGUGAGAAGUAACGCUUGUACGUAGACACGCUAGCUUAAGAUUCGAAAACUAGUCCGAUCGCGAUUUAGAAGCGACAGUACGUCGUGAAAAGCAUAUAUACGUAUAUAUUGUCUAUAACAAUUUUUCGGUCAAUGACAGCAUGUAGCGAUCGACUCCACAUUAAUAAUACGUAAUAAUCUAUUUAUUUGCCCCUUUUCUAUCAUAUUAUUUAUAUUAGAGUGUAAAUAGUCGCUAUUGCUACCGUGUAUAUACACUUGCGUAAAAAUAUGCAGCCGUCGGAGUAGAUUGCUGUAACGUUAAUAACGUCAAUCGCGUCUUUCAGGAUUUAACGUGAGAGAGGAUCUACCCGGACAAAUCAUAUACCUUUCUUGAAACAAUAUUGCGCCAUAAAAAUAAUCGAUAUUCAAAACACGUUAUUGUGUGUGUGUGUAUGUGUGUGUGUGUGUGUGUAUGCGUAUGUAUGCGUGUAUAAGGCGUGCAUUCUUUUAUAAUUAUUUAUACAAUUAAUAUAAAAGUCAAAGAAUAAUUCUGCUAUUUAAAAUACAGCGCGAAAUUCACGAGAAACAAGAAUCGCACUUCUAUACAAUUUGGCUCAUAGAUAUCUUUUUUUCUUCAUAAUAUUUUCUUUUCUCAAACAAAGUUACACAAUUAUAUUAAAAAAAAAAAAUGUAAUAAGAAAACCCAUUCACCGCCUACCAAUUUCUUUCAAUAAGUAAGUGUCGAAUCGCUAAGUAUACACCAUGAGAGACAAAAAAUUGCCGAAUAAUUGUAUUAUCGUGAUGUUAUUGAUAUAAAAUUGUGAUUCUCAAAUACAUGAA